UCCUAAGAAUGAAUUUGAUUUUCAACCACAGGAACUCAAGGAUUCGAGAGUCCAUAACAAGGAAGAGAAGAAUUCUUUGAUGCUGAAAAUGCCAAACCUGGAAGGUUUACAAACUGAGAAUAACAUUCUAAAAAACAAACUGGAGGAAAACACGGAGCUACUCGAGAACUUGGAAAUGAACAAUCAGAUUCUGAUGGUGAAAGAGAUUACAAGUAACCGAGAGCUACAAGCUGCUCGCAGAGCGGCUAUUGAAGGUUUGGUGUCCUUGAAAAGACCUAGGGUGAAAAUUGGGAUCAAGAGAAUGGGAGAAGUCAAUCUGAAACCAAUUCGAGAUGCAUGUUCUAGAGUGUUUCGUAGUGGAAAGUGGGACAAGAAAUUUGGAAACUGGGAAGAGAAGUCUGUUGAAUUAUGCUCAUUGUGGCAAAAGGAUAUAAGUGAUCCUGGGUGGCAACCUUUCAAGCAGGAGAUCAUCAAUGAAAAACUAUCUGAGGUAAUUGAUGAAAAUGAUAAAAAGUUGUUAGAGCUGAAGCACGAAUGGGGAGAGGAGGCCUAUAAAGCAGCAGUUGAGGCAUUGCUCGAAGUGAACGAGUACAAUGCAAGCGGACGUUAUCCUGUGCCUGAGCUUUGGAACUACAAAGAGAACAGGAAAGCUACUCUAGGAGAGGUGAUACAGUAUGUUAUCAAGCAAUGGCUUACUCAGAAGAAGAAGAAGAAGACAUACUAGUGUGAAUUGUAUUGUUUUUUUCACAUUGACUUGUGAACUUAGGAUCUUAAACCAUCAUAUCUAUCUGUAGAAAAAGGGCUCCAAAAGGUCAUAAGAACUUUGUGGGUAAAUAUAAUCUUCAGCUGAUAUACAUCAGGUAGUAUUGCACUUUCUAAAA